AUGAGGGACAGCUUUGUGAAGGAGUUUUUCACAGCAUAUGGUCCUGAUUAUGUGCUGGAAAUCACGCCAAGCUGCCGGCCAGACCGCAAUGAGCCCCACCGAAUCCAGCAAAUCCUCAACUACAUCAAAGGGAGCAGAAAUUCCAUUGAUAAUGUCAUUGAGAAUCUCCUGGACUCAGUGGGCAGAGAAAACCUGCAGCUCUUGCUGACUGAAGAUGAAGUGUGGAAGGUGUUUGUGGCUGAGGCUGAGUUGUCCAGGGAUGAGGCUGUACAGCUACGUGAUGCUCUGGAGGAGUUGUUAGUAGACAUGGCUGUGGAGGACAAAGAUAGGCUCCAAAAAGAACAGCAGGCAAGGGAAAGGUUUUUGGAAACAUUUCAUCAGGUGAAAAUGGAGCUUGUGGAGCAAAUAGGAAAGCUCUGGGAUCUUGCAGACAAGGUUGAGAAGGUACACAGGGACUGUACCAUCUCCAAUUUGGUGGUUGACUCCACAAGUGCUGCCUCUGGAGUCCUGAGCAUUCUUGGCCUGGUUCUGGCACCUGUGACAGCAGGGGGCAGUCUGAUGCUCUCAGCAACUGGGAUUGGGCUGGGAGCAGUGGCUACUUUGACAGGUACUGUCACUAGCAUCCUGGGAAGUGCAAGGAGAUUGUCAGUGGAAGCUGAAGCCAGCCACCUGCUGUCAACCAGCAUGAACAAAGUAAAGGGAGUUGCAGGGAUAGUAGCUCAGACCACACCCAGAGUUAUUGCCUUAACCAAGAUGUGCAAAUGUAGCCUGAAAGUGAUUGAGAAGAGCAUCCAAGCUAUCAAGCUGGCCAAAGCCAACCCUCGCUUAGUAGCCAAUGCCAAGUAUCUCAUGACUAGUGGGAGAAUCUCAGCUCGAAGCACCAAGCAAGUGGAGAAAGCCUUUGGGGGCACUGUGCUGGCAAUGACCAAAAGAGCCCGGAUGAUGCUUGCAGCCAGCUCAGGUUUUUUCCUUCUGAUGGAUGUGAUCAGUCUUGUGAAAGAGACAAAGCAUUUACAGGAGGGAACAAAGACAGAGUCAGCUGAAGACCUGCGCAGGCAGGCUGAGGAGCUGGAGAGGAUGUUGGAGGAACUCAUCCAGAUCCAGGAGAGUUUGUAGUCAGGCCCCACUCAGUGA